CAGUAGUGAUUCAAAGUCGGUCUAAUCGGAACUUGCCCUAACCAUGGAACUCCUCCCAAUCCUAGCAGUUGCCGUGCUCUGCCUCGGAUCUUCGCUCGCAGCCCGAGAUGCACGAUGUCCUACGGUGGAAAACCCUUCCAAAGCGGUCCAUCUGCCUCACCCGUCGGACUGUGGCAAGUUCCUGACGUGCAGCUGGGGCGACACAGUCGUCCAAAACUGUCCCGCAGGUCUCCACUGGAACGAUCGGAACAAGUACUGUGAUUGGCCUGCAUCCGCUGGCUGUGACUCAGCAAACAACAAGGAACCGAUUUGCAACGAAGGAGCUUUGCUGUCCCACGAGGAUUGUGAUAAGUUCUACAUUUGUGUGCAUGGUGACGUGAAAGUGACGCUCAAGUGCCCGCCCGGAUUGCACUUCAAUGCGGCGAAGAAAGUGUGUGACUAUCCGUGGAGCGCCAAUUGUCAAGCGCAAACAUCUACGGUCGCGUCGACGACAACUAGUGAAGCCUCAACGACGAGCAAUGUGACUGAGCCUGCAAUAACUUCCACGGAAUUAGUCAUUUCGACAACGGCCAGUUCUGUAAACACAACUUUGACAUCUGAUGAGCCAAGUACGACGGAACAAACCAGUGUGGCGCCAGAAACAACCAGUCAAGUACCGGAAAGUAGCUCAGCAGUACCAGAAGAAUCUAGUACAGAACCAGCGACUACACCUCCAGCUGAAGAAACAACUAGUCAAGAACCGGGAAGCAGCUCAGCUGUUCCAGAAGAAUCAAACACUGACCCAACGACUUCAGCACAAGCUGAAGAAACGACCAGCCAAAAACCGGAAAGUAGCUCAACUGUUCCAGAAGAGUCAAGUACGGAACCAGCGACUACAUCUCCAGCUGAAGAAACGACCAGUCAAGAACCGGAAAGCAGUUCAGCUGCUCCAGAAGAGUCGAGCACUGAACCAACGACUACAGCACAAGCUGAAGAAACGACCAGUCAAGAACCGGAAAGCAGCUCAGUAGUUCCAGAGGAAUCUAGUACAGAACCAGCGACUACACCUCCAGCUGAAGAAACGACCAGCCAAGAACCGGAAAGUAGCUCAGCUGUUUCAGAAGAAUCUAGUACGGAACCAACGACUACGCCUCCAGCUGAUGAAACUACCAGUGAAGAACCGGAAAGCAGCUCAGUAGUUCCAGAAGAAUCAAGCACCGAACAAACGACUACAGCACAAGCUGAAGAAACGACCAGUCAAGAACCGGAAGGCAGCUCAGCUGUACCAGUAGAAUCAAGCACUGAACCUCCGACAACAUCUCCAGCUGAAGAAACGACCAGCCAAGAACCGGAAGGCAGCUCAGCUGUACCAGUAGAAUCAAGCACUGAACCUCCGACAACAUCUCCAGCUGAAGAAACGACCAGUGAAGAACCGGAAAGUAGCUCAGUAGUUCCAGAAGAAUCUAGUACGGAACCAGCCACUACGCCUCCAGCUGAAGAAACUACCAGUGAAGAACCGGAAAGCAGCUCAGUAGUUCCAGAAGAAUCAAGCACCGAACAAACGACUACAGCACAAGCUGAAGAAACGACCAGUCAAGAACCGGAAGGCAGCUCAGCUGUACCAGUAGAAUCAAGCACUGAACCUCCGACAACAUCUCCAGCUGAAGAAACGACCAGCCAAGAACCAGAAAGCAGUUCAACUGUUCCAGAAGAAUCUACUUCUGAGCAAUCGACUACACCACAAGCUGAAGAAACGACCAGUGAAGAACCGGAGUGUAGCUCAGUAGUUCCAGAGGAAUCUAGUACAGAACCAGCGACUACACCUCCAGCUGAAGAAACGACCAGCCAAGAACCGGAAAGUAGCUCAGCUGUUCCAGAAGAAUCAAGCACCGAACAAACGACUACAGCACAAGCUGAAGAAACGACCAGUGAAGAACCGGAAAGCAGCUCAGCUGUUCCUGAAGAAUCUAGUACAGAACCAGCUACUACUUCUCCAGCUGAAGAAACUACCAGUGAAGAACCGGAAAGCAGUUCAGUAGUUCCAGAAGAAUCUAGUACAGAACCAGCGAUUACAUCUCCGGCUGAAGAAACGACCAGCCAAGAACCGGAAGGCAGCUCAGCAGCUACUACUCCACCAGCUGAAGAAACUACCAGUGAAGAACCGGAAAGCAGCUCAGUAGUUCCAGAAGAAUCAAGCACCGAACAAACGACUACAGCACAAGCUGAAGAAACGACCAGUCAUGAACCGGAAGGCAACCCAGCGUCCUCUACCGAAUCAAGUAGUCAAGAGUCAGAAGAUUCGACAACUGUUCAAGUAGCUGAUUCUACGACCUCUUCCAGUGCCGCUCCUGAAACACGCGAGAAUACUGAUCCUCAGAAAACGGAGUCUACGGAAUCUUCAACUGAUGGCCCUUCCAGUGAAUCAUCGGAAGCUGGAACAACGACAACCGCGGCAGCUAUUGGAGGACCCACACUAGGAAAUGGUAUAGGAAGCGGUGGCCUCGUUGAUUGGAGCUGGACAUAACUUUAAAUGAUGACUGUUUGGCAAAAUAUUCAGAAUAAACUUAUUUAAUCAGAACA